CACAACGAAGAACGUUCUUCCGAUCGAGCAAGAAGAAUUCACUGAGAGUGCAAUUGGAAGCGUGGAAAGCGGAAGAAGGAAAGUGCGAGGACCGUUCUUCCGAGCGACGAGAAGAAUUCGCCAAGAGUGCGAUCAAUAGUGCAAUACUAAGAUGCAACGAACGUUCUUCCGAACGAACAAGCAGAAUUAAAAGUGUGGAAAGCGGAAGAAAGUGGCGAGCGAAAAACGAGAUAAGAAGCCCUCUAAUUAUAGACCCCACUGACGGUCUAAAAAUAAACAACCGCAAACAGCGGCAAACAAUUAGACAAAGAGGGAACGAGUUAGGCGCUCUCCGAAAGAAAGAGAUAGAGAUAAGGACGAGCAGAGAGCAAGCGCAGCUGAAUAUGAGAGCGCAGUGAGAGCGAAAGAGAGGGGGAGACCGCGGGAGAUGGGAAUACGAGAUACUCCCAAGAAACGGCAGCUUUACGUUCCAGCAUCCAAGCGUCCAGCUUCCAAAAGCGUUUCCAAUUCCAAGCCAGUCGCAACGUCAGCGGAAUACCGCUACAAUUCGCAUUCCCAGUCGAUCAGUCGAUCAGUUGCCCAGUCGCCGUCGCCUGCCCUCUCACUCUCACUCUCGCCUGCGGUCCGACAGAUACACCCGCACUCUUCUGCUCCUGCCACAAUACGUCACGCGAUGCAACAAAAACUUGUGGGCGCAGCAGCAGCAGCCGCAACAGCAGUCGAAAACGCAGCAGCCGCAGCAGAAGUUAACCACUUGUUCGAUUUUCCGCACUCCUCCAACCGCCUAUCGAUAGUAAAAGGACUCUAAUCGAUCUUCAAUCGCAACGGAUAUUUAUCGGCCCCGUUAAGAAAUUUUUUUUUUUUGCACGUACAAAAACCCCAACUAAACCCACCAAAAAAAAAAAGGAAACUUACCCAUUAUUUUUAGUUGUUUUGUUUUGUUUUUCAACAAUUGAUUGUGAUUUUGAAACUGUGUGAUCGCAAAAGAAAAUCUGCACAUAAGCAAAAAAUAAAGUUCCUUAACUAAGUGAUAACCCGUUAGAAAUUCUAUAGACAGAAAGUGGAAAGGAAUCGCCCGAAAAUAUAUAAACGCUAUAACCAUAUACACACACACACACACGCAAUAUAAACGUUAUAUAAUCCGCGUAUAUUAAACGACAAAUAUAUAUCAAAAGCCUUGAUCUGUAUAUAUCGAGGUCCUCAACGGAAACCAAUAUAUCUACCAUCAAAGUCCGGAAAGAACAGCAUGCAAAUAUGAUUCCCGAAGUGCCGACGUCCAGAAUCCUGCUAGUCCUGGCAACCUUAAUCGCGGUGGUGGCGCUGAUCAGCAGUUGGGUGCCCCAAGUGGCAGGCAGUCCACUUGCCCCCGCGGACACCGAACAAAGACGAAUGAUUUGCUCCUCCAAUCUGAGUAAUUGGAUCCAGGAGAUCUGCGAACUUGGCACGUUGUCCCACGGCGAUGUCCAUCCCAACAGUUUCGAGAAACGCAGGAAGCGAGAUGCGCAGUACGCCGCCGAUCAGUGCUGCAAAUCGGGAGGAUGCACCUACGUGCAUCUACUGCAGUACUGCAAAUGAUAAUAUUUGCCCAAAUGGGGGGUUGAGUUGACUAACUCCUGCACUACACUACACUCCACUACACCUACACCUUAUACACCAUCCCACUCCAUCAUUCGUAACCCUUAAGAUAUAACGAGCAAACAGCAGUCUCCCUUAGAGUACACUAAGUAUAUUUUACUAAUUUAAACUAUACACUAACUCAAUUCUGUACAAUAAAAAAAUUCAAAUGAGCGAA